UAUGAUGAAGAUGGAGAACGGUUCAAAUACCAUUUUGUAAAUCCAUCAAGAACCCUAGAAUUGUAGCACAAAUUCGAAGAUCUACAGCCAUGGAUGGGAGUAUCUUGGAGUCAAUCGGAGUGGAAAUCAUCGGCGUAAUGUCGCCGGUAUCAAUAUGCAUGCUCCUGGUCGUCCUUUUGGUCUACUCUCUAUCCUCCUUUUCCUCCUCUUCCGUCGAGCCCAUCCGUACCGCCGCUAAUCUCGUCUACCUCGAAGCUCCGUCGGAUUCUACAUCUCAGAAAAUUGAAGGCUCGCUACUCAAUGCUCUCGUUUUUGUUAUCCUCAUCGCCGCUGUCACUUUCCUCCUCGUUCUCCUUUACUAUUACAACUUCACCAAUUUCCUCAAGAACUACAUGCGUUUUUCCGCUUUCUUUGUUCUCGGUGUCAUGGGUGGUUCCAUCUUCAUCUCCAUUAUUCGACAAUUCUCGAUCCCAAUUGAUGCCAUCACUUGUCUCAUUUUGCUUUUUAAUUUCACAGUUGUGGGAGUCCUUUCUAUUUUCGCCGAGGGUAUACCGAUACCGAUAGUGUUGAGGCAGGUUUAUAUGGUUCUUCUAGGUAUAAUUGUGGCUGCUUGGUUUACUAAUUUGCCUGAGUGGACCACUUGGACUUUGCUUGUGGCAUUGGCUCUAUAUGAUUUGGUUGCUGUUUUGGCCCCUGGUGGACCUCUUAAGAUUUUGGUUGAAUUGGCAUCUAGUAGAGAUGAUGAACUUCCUGCGCUGGUUUACGAGGCCCGGCCAACUGUUUCCAGGAACCCUAGAGGGUCUAGUUUGGGUCUUCUGGUUGGCGGGGUCUCUUCAGAUUCAGUGGAGCUUCAGGUUGAGAUGACUCCAAAUAGAAACAAUGCUACAGAUUCGAGAAAUGGUGAUACAAUUGAGAUGGUGGAUAGCAGAGAUGAGACAGAGGAGACUUCCCCAUUGGUGCCAAAUCUUCGAGAUAGGAUGAGGUCUAGUUCAAGUGCCAGCAGUGAGUUUUCAGCUGCCAUGGGUGGUACUGAUCGAAUUCGACAAACUGAAAUAGUUGAAGAUGAGGAGGAUAUGUCACCACUUGCUGCGAUUCUGGGCAUGGCGAACGAAAGGGAACCACAAUUAAGAAGCAGGGAGAUUGGUGAAGAGGCAACUAGAGGCAUAAAGCUUGGCCUAGGUGACUUUGUUUUUUAUAGUGUUCUUGUGGGUAGAGCUGCAAUGUAUGAUUUAAUGACAGUGUAUGCUUGUUACCUUGCUAUUAUAUCUGGAUUGGGGUGCACUCUUAUACUGUUAUCAGUGUGUCGUCAUGCUUUGCCAGCUCUCCCGAUUUCAAUAGCUCUCGGCAUCAUGUUCUACUUCUUAACCCGCGUAUUAAUGGAACCCUUUGUGGUUGGGAUAUCUACGAACUUAAUGAUGUUUUGACUCUCAUUUCCAGUUCCUGUAACAACGCACUGUAUUGAGGUAUUACCAAUUGGAUC